AGCUCGGCACCUUCCUGCACCUCCUUGGGCAAGGAAUACCGUGCUGCUACCACGAGGACUCCCAGGGCCUUCCAGGCCAGAGAAGAGCGGGCAGGAUGGCCUCCAUCUUCCGGAGUGAGGAGAUGAGCCUGAGGCAGCUCUUCCUGCAGGUGGAGGCUGCCUACUGCUGCGUGGCUGAGCUCGGGGAGCUGGGGCUGGUCCAGUUCAGAGAUCUGAAUGUGAAUGUCAACAGCUUCCAGAGAAAGUUUGUGAAUGAAGUGAGAAGGUGCGAAUCCUUGGAGAGAAUCCUGCGUUUUCUGGAAAAUGAGAUGGAAGAUAAUGUUGAGGUAGUCAAAGGAGAAAAGUACCCAGAGACACCCUUGCCUCGGGAAAUGAUUGAUAUGGAGACAGUGCUGGAGAAACUUGAAGCUGAGCUGCUGGAGGCCAACCAGAACCAGCAAACACUGAAGCAGAACUUCCUUGAGCUCACAGAGCUCAGACAUCUGCUGAAGAAAACCCAAGACUUCUUCGAGGCAGAAACUAAUCUGCCCGAUGAUUUCUUCAGUGAGGACACAUCUGGGCUGCUGGAGCUGAGAAGCACUCCUGCUGCUGCAGCUGCCAAGCUGGGAUUCACAGCAGGGGUAAUAAAAAGGGAAAGGAUGAUCCCCUUUGAGCGUUUGCUGUGGCGAGCCUGCAGGGGAAAUAUCUACCUGAGGUACACAGAAAUGGACACCCCCAUGGAGGACCCUGUGACAAGAGAAGAAGUGAAGAAGAAUGUGUUCAUUAUCUUCUAUCAAGGAGAGCAGCUUAAACAAAAAAUCAAGAAGAUUUGUGAUGGAUUUCGUGCCACAGUCUAUCCUUGUCCAGAGUCUGCCACUGAGCGCCGAGAAAUGCUUGAUGGAGUCAACACAAGAAUCGAGGAUUUAAACACAGUGAUAACACAAACCGAGUCCCACCGCCAGCGACUGCUGCAUGAGGCAGCAGCCAACUUGUGGUCCUGGGGGAUCAAGGUGAAGAAAAUCAAGGCCAUCUACCACAUCUUGAAUUGCUGUAACAUCGACGUCACCCAGCAGUGUGUCAUUGCAGAGAUCUGGUUCCCAGUGGCUGAUGCUGACCGGAUAAAAAGAGCUCUCCAUCAAGGAAUGGAACGCAGUGGCUCCACAAUUGCCCCCAUCCUCACUGCCAUACACACCAGGAUGGCACCACCCACCUUCAACAGGACCAACAAGUUCACAGCUGGAUUUCAGAAUAUCGUGGAUGCAUAUGGUGUAGGCAACUACAGGGAGAUGAACCCAGCUCCCUACACCAUCAUUACUUUCCCCUUCUUGUUCGCGGUGAUGUUUGGGGACUGUGGCCACGGCGCUGUCAUGCUGGGCUUUGCUCUCUGGAUGGUCAUUAAUGAGAAAAGCCUUCUGGCCCAGAAAAGCACUAAUGAGAUCUGGAACACCUUUUUCAGCGGGCGCUACCUGAUCCUGCUCAUGGGCAUAUUCUCCAUGUACACUGGCUUCAUCUACAAUGACUGCUUCUCCAAAUCAUUCAACUUCUUUGGUUCUUCCUGGCAUAUCAUCCCCAUGUUUAAAAAUAACACUUGGAAUAAGGAUGUGCUUCUAGACAAUAUAGUGCUGCAGUUGGAUCCAGCAGUCCCAGGAGUCUACUCUGGAAAUCCAUAUCCAUUUGGAAUAGAUCCGAUCUGGAAUGUUGCAUCGAACAAGCUGACUUUCCUGAACUCCUACAAAAUGAAGAUGUCGGUUGUCAUAGGGAUUGUGCACAUGAUUUUUGGGGUGAUACUCAGUCUUUUCAACCACAUCUACUUCAGGAAGUACAUAAACAUUGUCCUUCAGUUCAUUCCAGAGAUGAUUUUUAUUAUCUCUCUUUUUGGCUACCUGGUCUUCAUGAUUAUUUUCAAGUGGUGUCAUUUUGAUGUCCAUUCAUCCCAGAGUGCACCAAGCAUCCUCAUCCACUUUAUCAACAUGUUUCUGUUCAACUAUAGUGACAGUUCAAAUGCUCCAUUGUAUCAGCAUCAGAAAGAAGUGCAGAGUUUCUUGGUCAUAUUUGCUCUGAUUGCUGUUCCCUGGAUGCUCCUAAUUAAACCUUUCAUCCUCCGAGCCAACCACCUGAAAGCGCAGCACAUGAUCCAUUCUCAAGCCAACUCGGGAAACUCAGGAGGUGAAAAUGAGGUAGAUGGCCAGGAGACCAAUCACUCCAAGAAAUCUUCCCAGGGAGACCGCAGUGGUGGUCAUGAAGGACAUGAGGGUGACGAUGAGGAGUUCAAUUUUGGAGACAUAUUUGUCCACCAAGCUAUCCACACCAUUGAAUACUGCCUUGGCUGCAUCUCCAACACAGCCUCGUACCUGCGACUCUGGGCGCUGAGCUUGGCCCAUGCACAGCUGUCAGAGGUCCUUUGGACCAUGGUGAUGCACAACGGGCUCAGCAGCAGCGGCUGGGCAGGUCUCAUUGCCAUCUUCAUCAUCUUCGCGGCAUUUGCAGUGCUGACGGUAGCCAUCCUGCUGGUCAUGGAGGGGCUCUCGGCCUUCCUGCAUGCCUUGCGUCUGCACUGGGUGGAAUUUCAGAACAAGUUCUACGUGGGAGCUGGGUACAAAUUUUCUCCAUUCUCCUUCAAUCACAUCAUCAAUGGCACUGCAGAAGAGUAAAACCAGUGCAUCACUGCUUCCCUCCUGAGACCAGGCUCUGUUUCCUUGUGGUGGCUCACCCACAAGUAGGACACAUGGGAUGAAACAGAAUGGGACAUGGCCCUUGAAAGAAGAGCUGUAGAUGAGUAUGUCCUAGCUAAAUUCCAGUGUACUACUGUAUCAGCUAAGAGCUGACCUGUAUAAGCUGGGCUGCCUGGACAUUUGGCUGAGACACCAUUGAUGUCUGCAAGUACCUGGUCCUCAGCAUUUGAUGGGGUCAGCUGCCUACUGCUUGGUUGAAAAGAGGAGAUGCAGCUUUGGAAUUAAAUUAAUUAUUAACAAUGGACUCACAUGUGUUCUGCUCCACUUCCUGCCUUGUUGUUGUGGUAUAUUUCUUUCCAAGGAAAGUAUGUUUUGUCUGUGGUUGAUCAUAUGACAUGAUUAAGUUCCUUAUAAGAUUUCAGCCCUUCAUUUAGCACACAAUGCAAACCAUCUCAAAGACAGAUCGUAUUGCAGACUUGCAAUUUCCUACAUGCUUUACUAGAAUAACCCCCUUUUUAUCUGAUUUGCUCCAGGGCUUGACAGCACUGGAUUAUAGAAAUGUACACACAUCAUCACUUAACAAAAGCGUUAGUUUUGAGCUGUGUAAACAAAAGUUUCCACAUUGGCAGCCAUUUCAUUUAUCUCGAUUGACUUGUUUGUCACUGAAGACUCAAGAUGUGCUGUAUUUUUCAAGAUGGGUUGUUAAAGCAGAUUGUACAGAAAUGCUAAUAU